GUUGUAUUAAGGGGCUGCUGUUGUUGUUUGUGUCAUCGGGACAGACAACAGCUGAUCGAUCAGCAGCAGCUUCCGAUCACCGAUCAAUAACUGCUGUCACCGAUAAACACGAGCGCUGCUCUGACGUCUCCUUCUGCACGUGACGACACGACCGAGCGCUGAACGAGGCUGUGACGUAACAGCCGCAGAGACCGUCUAUUGGCGGAGAGGCGUCACUCUGAUCAGGAUCGAUCAGUAACGGUCACCUGCAGAAACACACCGGGACUCACGGAGCUCACACCGACCGACAGACCGACCCCCUGCCCGGCUCCGGGACACCGACCCCCCGCUGCGCCGCUCCGCUGCAAGCCCCUCUGCUGCUGAUCGCACCCGAUCGAUCGAUACCGGGACCGAUCGACUCUGAUGUCCGCGGUGGAUCAGAACCGGCGCGUGGCCUGCGGCGGGAUCAGAGGCACCGGAGCAGCGAAUGAUGACAUCAGCGUGUGAAAGUCCCGAUCCUCCGCGCGCGAGCUGAUCGAUAAGUUAUCAGGUGUUCCAGUGCUCCCAGUGCUCCCAGUCCUGUCCAGGAUGCUGCCGGCCUCCAUCCAGAUCACGGGGGAGAUGCUCUCGGCGGCCGAGGUUCAGGACAUCUGUGAGAGCCUGAAGGAGGACAGCGUCCGGCUGCUGUCCGUCCGCGGCUGCCAGCUCUCGGACCGCGACUUCGCACGCGUCUGCCGCAGCGUUGCAGAGUCACACUCGCUCGCUCAGCUCAACCUCAACCUGGGCGUCGUCUCCAGCAUCAGCCGGACACGACACCUGGCCGACGCCCUGAAGACCAACCGGUCCCUGCAGACCCUGUUUCUCCAUGGCAGCCCGCUGUUGGACGCUGGCCUGGUGACCUUGAACUUGGCCCUGUCGACCCACCCGGCGCUGGUCUGUCUGGAUCUGGGAGACUGCAUGCUGGGAGACGAGGCUCUGGGUCUGAUCUGUGGGAUGCUGCCACCCGACGGAGCAAAGUCAGGUCUGAGGGAGCUCACUCUGAGUGCUAACCCAGGAAUCAGCUCCAAAGGCUGGGCUCGACUCGCCAUCGCUGUGGCUCACAGCUCCCAGCUCCGAGUGCUCAACCUGGACUACAACCCGCUGGGUGAUCAGAUCGCCGGGAUGCUGGCUGUUGCCGUGGCGUCCAGCAGAACCCUGGAGGUGCUGGACCUGGAAGGAACUGGACUGACCAACCAAUCAGCACAGGUGUUCUUGGACAUGGUGGAGAACUACCCGACCAGUCUGCGGGUUCUGGUCCUGGCGGAGAACGACAUCAGUCCGGAGCUGCAGCAGCAGAUCUGUGACCUGCUGUCUGAAGGAGAGGACGACGACGACAGAGAGGCCACGCCCCUCCAGUCAGGCCCCGCCCCCAGCAGCGCCCUGCUGCCAAUCAGAGACAAGUACCAGCCAAUCAGAGACAAGUACCAGCCCCCCGCCUGGCUCCCCCACAGCAACUCCAGCCCCCAGAUGGUCUUGCUGACAUCAGGUCUAGGUGAGAGCUUAUUGGCUGAGACUGAGAUGUGACCCCUCCCACAAACACACCCACUUCCUGUUAAACUAUUUUAACUUUAUUCUCUUUUUAGUUUUUUGGUUUGAAUGUUCCUGGUUUGUUUCUCUGCACUGCACAUCUCUGGGUUGUCCGAUCACCUGAUGGCUUGCAGCCAAUCACAUGCUCUGCAUGGUUUGAUGUAGCACCUGUACAUAGACUUUAACAGAGUGAGAGGCGGCACAAAACCUUAACACACCAAGUGACUUACAGACAGGUGUUUGUUCAGCAGGUGUGUUUCUGAUGAAUGUACGUUCUGCUCUGUUGGUUUGUUCUGCUGCUCUGAUGUCACAAUAAUAAAAUUGUUUACAGCUUCGUAAGAA